UGAGUUUGAAUUUAUUCUGGCUGAAUGCAGAAUUCGGGUAUCUGACACGCAACAGGCGCAAAUGAAGCUGAACUCCUUUUUUGCGAAACCGAAAACCCCGGUGCAACCAUCCUCAUCGAACACGACCCUCUCUCCUAGCAAAACUACUGGCGCUGGCGCUUCGAAUGACCCCUCUCCUGACUCCGGAUCGACUGUAUCUGACUACCAGCGCGAGUUUCCAGAGUUCUUCCUCCAGUCACAUACCACAUUUGCGCCACCGCACAGGUUCCAGCGCGACAACGAAGCUCUGCAGCAUACGCGGGAGAAAGUUGAUGCCUACUUGAAAGAUGCCAAGGAUGGCAAGCAUGAGCCUGUAAUAUUUCGUCCUUCCGAGCUCUUCCAGCUCAUGCCAUACCAGCGACGGCGUGGAAGGUUGCCCGCUUCAGUUAAACAGAUCCUCUUACAGAUGCAGAACCUUGCGGAUCAGUCAGAGACCUCCGAAGCUGCCCAGAGAGCUCGCGAUCUUCUGAGACAAGUGAGAAUGAAAUCACUGAAAUUUAGUGAGGAUGUUCGGCCUCCAUAUCAGGGAACCUAUAGCAAGAGCCUACCGGAGUCAUCCGUCCGCCGGUUGAUGCGCAAUCCCUUUCGCCGCGGGCUGCCGGAGACGAACUAUGACUACGACUCGGAAGCUGAGUGGGAAGAGCCCGAGGAAGGCGAGGAUCUGGAUUCAGAGGAAGAAGAGGAAGGGAGUGAAGACGGAGAGGAUGACAUGGAUGGCUUCCUGGAUGACGAGGAGGACCAUCCGAUCGAUGGCAAGAGGCGUCACAUCGUCGGGGACAAGAUGGAGAUCAUUUCCGACUCGGUGACCUUCCCUAUUGACCCGUUCUCCACAGCCUACUGGCAGAAACCGAAGGCCGCCGCGGAGCCAGCGCAGGCGGCUGGUCUGGGGCGCUCGACGCUCCAUGCCUUCAUGGGGCACCCAUCCUCAUCAUCCUCACACAAACCGACCGGGAGUGGGCCGGGAGCGGACGGGGGCACCCUGGCCGUUCUGACAGCUGGGAGGACAAAGCGAACGUUGCCGCCGGAGCAGCUGGAAGAGUUCAAGCAGGUGGUGAAUGGCAGUGAUCUGACCAAGAUGGGGUUGAUUGAAAUCUUGAAGAAACGGUAAGACGUGGGCCCACAAGGGAUGCUUGUUGAUCGGAAGGCUAAUCAUCAGGGAUGCGCCGCCAUAGGUUCCCUAAGGUCUCGAAAGACAGUCUGAAAGACACGCUGAACAGCGUGGCCACGCGGGUGGGACAGAAAGAGGCUGACAAAAAAUGGGUCUGCAACUAGCCGUGGCCGGGGAUUGGCAAGUUUGGCCCCCGGGAAGGACAACGCAUAACCAGGGGACUGGUUACGGUUGUGUUUGGAGCACGGCGUUUAGAAGAAGAA